GUAGCGUAGCGGUCGUUAGAUAGACGCAAACGUAAACAAACAGAAAAAAGAUAUCCGUCACUCCCUUCAAGCAUUUCAGCUACGCUUUGUAUCGGCGCGGAUGACGCGAAGUGGUUCCUCCCGGUUUAAACCUCCUAAGUACGAUGCAUUAGAAACGGUGAAAACGACUUGAAAACAAUGAAACGGCGACACAGCGGACGACUCGACCCGGGCUGCACCUCUCCCCUCUGGGUGAAGGCCACGUGAAGGCAGUUUUUUUUUCUCCCUAAAAUUAAGCAACAAAAAUCACUCAAAAUUUUAACAAAUAUUUUAAAAUUUUAUUUGCAGGGGGUAGCAAACAAGAUUUGAUUUUAUCGCGCACAAGAAAAGUUUUGUGAAUCUAUUAUAGACACAGCUUACACCCCCCUCAACCGGUCCGUGACUAAACUUUGUAGAAAUCGUCUGUCAUUAUCCAAAGAACUACUAAAAUAUCCUCAACUAAAAAUGAUAUGCCCGUAUGUUCCUUACUUCUUCGAAGGAGCUCCAUAUUUUGUUCAGUGCACGGCCUACGAGGGGGGUUGCACGCGCGUGUUGGAAGAGCGUCGCGCCGCGCCCUGCCAUUCGGCCCGAGAGUCACUUUGAGCUGCCGUCGGCUGUAGCAGGUGGAGCUUGCAGUCUCUUCAGGCCGUUGUCUCCCAAGGCAAGCUUGGAUGGCUGACACGAAGGCUGCAACCAAUGGGGUGCCCGAGGGGAAGCUGGAGCGGUACGACGGGGACGAUCCGGCAAUGCAGCGGCAGUUGUGGCGACCCCCCGACAUCGAACAGGACAUGAAGGAGAUGGAGCGGCGCAAGCGGGUGGAGAUGAUAAUGAACAGCCAGCUGUUCCGGGAGGAGCUGGAGCGCAUCAUAGAGUCGCAGCUGUCGGAGGGCUACACGCCCUCGAGCAUGGCAGCCCUACAGCAGGUAACGGAGCUGCUUUUGCCGCAUGCCACGAAGCAGUCGACGCUACGGGGCGGCCGCUGCCUGGUGCCCAUCAAUGACAUGCGGGGCGUGGACGGCCUGCGCUACUCUAAAGGGGAGAAGGUGCUGCGCUGCAAGACGGCGGCCCUUUGUCGCCUGCUGGACGCCCACGGCUGGACGAGUGUGGGCUUCGACCAUGUCACGGCGCGGCUGAGCCAGGACCAGGAGCACUUCCUGGUGAACCCACUGGGCCUGCUGUACCACGAGGUGACGGCCUCCAGCCUGCUCAAGCUGGACAUGCAGGGCAAUGUGAUUGACUCGGGCACUACCACGUUCCACUUCAACCGGACCUGGUAUGCCAAGCACGCCGCGGUGCACGCGGGUCGGCCGGACCUCAAGUGCCUGAUCCACGUGCAGCACCCGUCCUGCGUGGCGGUGUCGGUGCUCAAGGAUGGCCUGGCGGUGGUGGGGGCGGAGGCGGCCCUGCUGGGGGACGUGGCCUACCACGACGGGGCGGACGGGCGGGACCUGGCGCGCAGCUUGGGCCCCAGCAGCAAGGUGGUGUUUGUGCGCCACCACGGGGCGGUGGUGGGUGGCGACUCUGUGGAGGAGGCGUUCUCGCUGCUCUGCUGGACGGUGGAGGCGUGCGAGACCCAGAUGCGCCUGGUGCCCGUAGGCCUGGACCGGGUGCACACGCUCUCGGAGGAGGCGCAGAGAGCGGUGCGUGAGGAGCAUGCCCGCCUGCGCACGGACGAGCCCCUGCCAGGAGGCGACGAGGACAAGGAGAAGGCAGAGCCCAAGGAGAAGGCCAAGCGCUGGCGCCCCUGCGACCUGCUCUUCGAGGCCCACAUGCGCACCCUUGACAACUCGGGCCACCGCACGGGCUACGUGUACCGGCAGCCGCUACUGCGCAACGAGCUGCCCCGGCUCAAGACGGACGUGGAGGUGCCUCCAGCCGCCAGCUCCAUUGCCCAGUUCCUUGAGGAGGACAAGUGGCUCAGCCCGCUGAAGAAGCUGCUGGAUGGGCGCAAGACUCAGGACAAGGUGCGCUGGGUGAACUCGCCCAACACAUACCAGCGGGUGGAGGUGCUGGAGACGGGCACCCAGGACCCCAAGAAGAUCACCAAGUGGGUAGAGGUCGGAGGGGAGGCAGACGCAUGGGUGCAGGACGGGUCGCCCUCGACCUCGGUUAAGAUAGACACCCCGCACCAGUUUGUCCCCAAGGGUACUGACCCCACCGAGUUUAAGCGCAAGCAGAAGGAGCUGAAAGAGAAUCGGCUCAACUCCAAGCUAAAUGCCGGGCCCCAGUCUAACCUGCUCGAGGGGGUCACUUGGGAGGAGGUGAAGAAGAUGCAGGACGCCGUGAUGAGCGGCACGGGGGAUCAGGUGGUGUUGGUGGGUGCGGCUUCCAAGGGCAUUAUUCAGCGGGAUUUCCAGCACAAUGCCAUGGUGUACAAGAGUGCAUACAGCAAGAACCCCUUUGACAACAUCAGCGACGGGGAGCUGGAAGAGUACCGCCGCCUGGUGGAGAAGAAGCAGCGGGGCGAGCCGAUUGAGGAGGAGGUGCCCGACUCGAUCAAGGCGCUGCUCGUGGAGCCCCAGCGGCCCCAGUCGCCCCUGCGCCCGUCCGACGACGACGAAGACGACUCGAAGGCGAGCGGCCAGGUCCGCCGCUCGCUCUCGUCCCGGCUGGCCACGCAAGCUGCGGAGGACGAGCGCAUGAUGGUGCAGCAAUUUGGGCGACGAGCUCAGUCUGAGCGCAAGCCAAAACGUCAGAGUGACGUGAACGGAGAGGAGAAGCUCCGGUGUGGGGAGAGUGGUGACGUGUCGGCAGCGUCGCGCAGCAGCAAAGAGAGCUCGCCCGUCAAGGAGGUGGAGGGAGACAAGAAGAAGAAGAAGAAGGGACUGAGGACGCCCUCGUUUCUCAAGAAGAAGAAGCACCGCAAGGAGGAGAAGGCGGCCUCGGAGUGGCAGAAUCGUAGCCAGUAGCCCGGGCGCCUUUUCCCAGCCGAGGCACUGCCGCCAGCGCUGCAGACGCUUGUCAUGACAAGAGCAGCAUUGAGUUGCUCACAUUGGUUCUUUGUGCAUUUUUUUGUUUCUCCAAGAGGCUCGAUGGCUCGUUAUUUGGCCAGGCAUGUAAAGAGGUUUUAGUUUCUGCAGCUUUGUCUGUUGUCAACUGCAGCGUUUCGUGCGUUGUCUUCGCCAGCUUUUGAAUGCGUGUCAUCUUGGGUGCCCGAGUGAUUGGGGGCAGUAUGUUAUUCCCUUUGCAGCAAUGGUAUAUCCUCUCCAUGUAACUGCAUUCUUGGUGCGCUUUUCACACCCGCAAUUUUAGCCGCAUGUAAGGGAUGCAUAAGCUGGUGACAUUGCUUGGGGGGGUACAGCGUGUCAGGCGUUUCUUUUAUUUAUUGUGGAGCAGCGUUCGAUGGGCUUUGUGCCGGCUGUGUACAUAGGGAGGAACUCAGCAUGUGCUAGGUGCACAGCCUAGCAGGGCCAAGGCCCCUUAGCUUGCUCGGGACAUUGUGUGUUUCCCUGCUGGCUAAAUGCACUGUUUAGUCUAGUUUGUCUCUCUGUAUGGCAUUCUUUUUGCGGUGGGCUCAGUGUUGGACUGGGCUGCCCUUGAUCAUUUUGCAUUGCACAGCUACGGACGACUAAAGUCCAUCUUUUGUCUUUUCCUCAAGUGCAGCAUAUAGCUAAAGGGAUGUGUUAAAAGUGCUUCGGAAUGGCUUUAUUUAGUCCACCAACUGUGAAUAAAAAUUGGACGUCUUUA